AUGGAUUUGCAAAACUCGGCAGCAGCUUUGGUGCAGCGAUUGGGGGAGAAAGUUGAAGAUGGCCACGGCUUCGGGUUCAUGAGCCCUGCUAUCUAUGAUACCGCUUGGGUUUCUAUGAUUAAGAAGACGAUCCAUAACCAUAAGAUAUGGCUUUUUCCAGAGUGCUUCGAAUAUGUCCUUUCGCAUCAGCUCAGCGACGGUGGAUGGGCGAUGUAUGCGUCUGAGAUUGACGCCAUCCUCAACACUGGGGCUUCAUUACUCUCAUUAAAGCAACAUCUCAACAAUCCGUACCAAAUCACAUCUUACACACAAGAAGACCUCUCGAAUCGCAUUGAAAGUGCUCGCAAUGCAUUACAGAAGCUUCUGGAUGACUGGGACGUGAAGAGCACACUCCACGUUGGAUUUGAGAUUCUUGUGCCGGCUCUACUCAGAUAUCUGAACGAAGAGGGCAUUACUUUUGAGUUUUCUGGAAAAGAACUUCUGCUUGAAUUUGAAAAACAGAAGCUAUCAAAGUUCAAAGCGCAAUAUCUCUACCUUCCUAUCAAGGUAUCUGCUUUGCAUUCUCUGGAAGCUUUCAUAGGGGCCAUUGAAUUUGACAAAGUCAGCCACCACAAAGUCAAUGGCUCAUUCAUGGCUUCUCCAUCUUCUACAGCGGCAUACAUGAUACACGCGUCAAAAUGGGAUGAUGAAUGCGAGGAGUAUCUUCGGCACGUCAUUUCCCAUGCAUCCGGUACUGGAUCCGGAGGUGUACCAAGCGCUUUCCCAUCCACAAUUUUUGAAAGUGUUUGGCCUCUGUCAACCCUACUCAAAGUAGGAUAUGACCUGAGCUCUUUUCCUUCUAUUGAUAAGAUCCGGUCAUACUUGCAUGAUGCAUAUGUGGCCGAAAAUGGGAUUCUAGGCUUUACGCCCUUCGUGGGUGCUGAUGCUGACGAUACUGCCACCACAAUAUUGGUACUCGGACUCUUAAACCAACCCGUGUCGGUAGAUGGUAUGUUAAAGGAGUUUGAAGAAGAAAACCACUUCAAAACCUACUCCCAGGAGCGAAAUCCGAGUUUCUCUGCGAAUUGUAAUGUUUUGCUUGCCUUGUUAUACACUCCAGAUCCGUCACUCUACUGUUGCCAAAUCGAAAAGGCCAUAAGAUUUCUACAUAAGCAAUUUACAGACUCGGAAUUGGAUGUUCGAGAUAAGUGGAACUUGUCACCAUAUUAUUCGUGGAUGCUCAUGACACAAGCAAUCACCCGGCUGACGACCCUCCAAGAAACUUCUAAGCUGUCAAUAUUGAGAGAUGAUUCCAUCAGCGCAGACCUGAUUAGCCUGCUACUUAGGAUAGCCUCCACCGUAGUUCGGGAUCAAAAGCCUGGGGGUUCAUGGGGUACCAGAGCUUCAAAGGAAGAGACUGCCUAUGCAGUAUUAAUCCUCACUUAUGUCAUCUACUUGGAUGGGGUGACAGGGUCAUUGCGAAAUGAUAUCAAGAUUGCCAUUGACAAUGGCUGUUCAUUUCUAUCGGAAAGAAUGACGGAGUCUGCGUCAGAAUGGCUCUGGGUAGAAAAGGUCUCAUACAGAUCAGAAGUACUAUCGGAAGCGUACAUUUUGGCUGCUCUUAAAGGGGCAGCUGACUUACAAGAAGAGAAGGCAAAUGGUAUCCCAGUUGUCCACGAGAUCUCGACUGAAAUAAACAAUGAAAUCAAUGGGGUCAAUGGGGUCAAUUCUAGGCUCGAAUUCGAUGGUACAAAUGGUACCAACGGGAAGAAUGGUAUCAAUGGUAUCCAUGAAGGCGAAGUGACGAAUGGCGUUAUCGAAAUCAAUGGCGAUUUUGAUGCAGCUCAAAUUACGAAUGGGAACAUGGAAGAGCAUUCUGUAACCAUGGAAACAAACGGCCACGACAUGGCACACAUGCAAUUCGAGAUCUCCCCAGCAAACGGCCAUUCCAAUGAGGAUUGUGUGUCAAUCCAUACAGACGAUUCAGACAGUUACUAUCAGCGCAGUCAGUGGACAAUUGAUCAGGAGCAUAUCCUUUUGGGUCCAUUUGACUAUCUCGAAAGCUUGCCUGGAAAGAAUAUGCGAUCACAACUUAUACAAUCAUUCAAUACGUGGUUACAAGUUCCUGCAGAGAGUCUAGCCAUUAUUGAUAAGGUGAUAUCAAUGUUGCACACAGCCUCACUUUUGAUCGAUGAUAUCCAAGAUCAAUCAUUACUCCGGCGCGGACAGCCUGUGGCGCAUAGUAUAUUUGGUACUGCUCAGGCAAUGAACUCUGGAAAUUAUGUCUACUUUUUAGCUCUCCGAGAGAUUCAGAAGCUACAGAGCCCUAAAGCGAUUACCAUAUAUGUUGACUCUCUGAUAGAUCUUCACCGUGGUCAAGGAAUGGAGCUUUUUUGGCGAGAUUCUCUCAUGUGCCCCACGGAAGAGGAAUAUCUGGAUAUGGUUGCAAACAAGACGGGCGGUCUCUUUUGUCUUGCUAUUCAGUUAAUGCAGGCAGAGGCGACCGUCAAAGUUGACUUCGUUCCACUUGUCCGGCUGCUCGGAAUUAUCUUCCAGAUUUGUGAUGAUUACUUGAAUUUAAAAUCCACAGCGUACACGGACAACAAAGGGUUAUGCGAGGAUCUAACAGAGGGAAAAUUCUCAUUUCCCAUCAUUCACAGCAUCCGAGCGAAUCCUGGGAACCGACAACUGAUCAACAUUUUGAAGCAAAAGCCACGUGAGGAUGACAUCAAACGUUAUGCUCUUGCGUGUAUGGAAAGUACAAAGUCGUUUGACUAUACUCGCGAUGUCGUUAAGAAACUGAAGACGGAGGCACUUAGUACCAUUCAGGGUCUGGAGAAGCAGGGGUUAGCGGAAAACAUUGGUAUUCGAAAGAUACUAGCUCGCAUGUCUCUGGAGCUAUGA